UGCAAUGUUCAGGUGUGAGAAAUUUAACAUUUUUGGUGUUUCGGCCGUCUCAAAUCGAGACUCCUGAAGUCACUAAGCAUUUGUUUUCCCCUUCCAAAUCUAUAAUUUGUGUUCUGAAUGGAAUGUUGGAUAUCAUUUCUGGCUUUGAUAGGUCAAUUUGGACUUCAGUUCUGAAGUGGACAUGAUCAGGAAGUUUUGUGCUAGUCUUGCUUUGCAGCCUAUCGCCACAGCCUUGUUUGCCAAUUCACCUUUCACUGAAGGAAAGCCGAAUGGUUAUCUUAGUAUGAGAAGCCAAGUUUGGACAGAUGUGGAUAACGAUCGUACUGGCAUGAUUCCCUUUGUUUUUGAUGACUCCUUUGGGUUCGAACAAUAUGUAGAUUAUGCACUUGAUGUCCCAAUGUGGUUCGUCUAUCGGAAAAAGAAGUAUAUUGAUUGCUCUGGGUUGUCACUCCGGGACUUCAUGGCAGGAAAACUUGCUCCUAUUCCGGGUGAAUUACCCACCCUCAAUGAUUGGGAGAAUCAUCUGACUACAAUACAACCCGAGGUCAGGUUGAAGAGAUACUUGGAGAUGAGGGGAGCUGAUGUGGGGCCUAGGUGGAGUUUAAGUGCAUUGCCUGCAUUUUGGGUGGGUCUAUUAUAUGAUGAUAUUUCUCUUCAAAAUGUGCUAGAUUUAAUAGCCGAUUGGACCGCAGAAGAAAGACAGAUGUUGAGAAAUAAGGUACCAAAAAGUGGUCUAAAGACACCAUUUCGUGACGGAUUGCUGAAGCAUGUAGCUGAAGAUGUUGUAAGGUUUGCGAAGGAUGGCUUGGAAAGGAGAGGAUUCAAGGAAACAGGAUUCUUGAUUGAAGUGGCUGAGGAGGUUAGAACAGGUGUAACACCAGCUGAGAAGCUUUUGGAGUCAUACCAUGGGAAGUGGGGAGGAUCUGUGGAUCCUGUUUUUGAGGAGCUGCAAUAUUGAGGCGAUUUAAAUAUCUUGUGUGCACUCCAUCAGUAGGGUCCUUUUGUGUGUAUUUCUCCUUCUAAUUUUUAGGUGUAAUGUCAGUCGCUUUUGUCCUAAGCUACUUUCAGGUGACGCCUAAGACUAUUACUUUAGAUGUAUAAUUCAUGUCGUGUGUCCUUGGAAAUGUGUUGUUUUUGCAGUUUUUUGGGCCACUUGGUUGGAAAGGAAUGCGAGAAUCUUUCAAGAUAUGUUUUAGAUGAGGAUUCGUUGUGGGAAAAACUUUGUCACUUGGCAUCUUUUGGGUUUUUUGUAUCUUUUUUAUUUAUCAAUAAAUAUCCUUUGUUGCUGAUAAAAUAAAUAAAUAA